CUCUCACUUCGCACUCAACGCAGUUUCGUUUCCGCAACUCUUUCAUUGCUUCAUCUCUUAGCUCGGCUUUGAUCUCCUCAAAAUGGCGUCGGAGAAGAAGCUCUCGAACCCCAUGAGGGACAUUAAGGUUCAGAAACUUGUUCUCAACAUCUCCGUUGGUGAGAGUGGUGAUCGUCUCACUCGUGCCUCUAAGGUGUUGGAACAGCUCAGUGGUCAAACCCCUGUCUUCUCCAAGGCGAGGUACACUGUGAGGUCUUUUGGUAUUAGGCGUAAUGAGAAGAUUGCGUGCUAUGUGACUGUGAGAGGUGAGAAGGCUAUGCAGCUUCUUGAGAGUGGUUUGAAGGUUAAGGAGUACGAGCUUCUUAGGAGGAACUUUAGUGACACUGGUUGCUUUGGAUUCGGUAUCCAAGAGCACAUCGAUCUUGGAAUCAAGUAUGACCCUUCUACCGGUAUCUAUGGAAUGGACUUUUACGUUGUCCUAGAACGCCCAGGAUACCGUGUGGCUCGUCGCCGUAGAUGCAAGGCCCGUGUUGGUAUUCAACACAGAGUAACCAAGGAUGAUGCCAUGAAAUGGUUCCAGGUCAAGUAUGAAGGAGUUAUUCUCAACAAGUCUCAGAACAUCACUGGUUAAACAAAGUGUUUUGAUCUUUUUAAGAUUUUUGUUGAUUCUAGCCUGUUUUAAAGUUUGUCAUCUUUGGAUUUUAAAAGAAUUUUCUUGUUGUAGUAAAACCUUUUUUGACAUGAGUUUGGUAGAAUCAAAAUCUUCCAAAAACCUUGGAGACAUAAUUUUUAUUUUACUUGAA